AUGGGCGACAGUGCCGGCGUGAGUGUCAACGGACAGUACCCUCCGAUCCAGGAGCUGGCCAAGACGGCCCACAUCAAGAACUUUGAGCAGUACGAGGCCAUGUACAAGCGUUCGCUUGAGGAUCCGGAAAAUUUCUGGGGCGAGCUGGCCCGCGAGAACCUCGACUGGUUCCGCGACUUCGACCAGAGCGUUGUGGGCACCGUCAACAAGGGCGACGUUGCCUGGUUCCUCAAUGGCCAGAUCAAUGUGAGCGUCAACUGUAUCGAUCGCCACGUCAAGAAGCACGCGGACAAAGUGGCCAUUAUCUGGGAGGCUGAUGAGAUUGGCCAAGGCCGUGAAAUCACCUACACGGAGCUGCUGGAGGAGACGUGCCGCGUGGCCAACGCCAUGAAGCACGCUGGUGUUAAGAAGGGCGACACUGUGGCCAUCUACAUGCCUAUGAUCCCGGAGAUUGCCUUCGUCAUGCUAGCCUGCACACGUAUUGGUGCCGUGCACAGCGUCGUGUUCGCUGGUUUCUCGGCCGACGCUCUGCGCGACCGUCUCAUUGACGCCAACACGCACUGGGUCUUCACCUCGGACGAAGGCAAGCGUGGCGGUCGCACGCUUCCACUCAAGCAGAUUGUCGACGUCGCAGUGGACGGUCUGGACUUUGUGCGCAACGUGUUUAUCUUCAAGCGUACUCACAACCCGAACGUCAAGAUGAACCCCAAGAUCGAUGUGGAUAUGGAUGAAGAAAUGAAGCGUCACCGUCCCUACUGCGCUGCUGAGUUCAUGAACGCGGAGGACCUCAUGUUUAUCCUGUACACGUCUGGAUCUACGGGUGCUCCCAAGGGUAUCGCCCACACGACGGCCGGCUACCUGCUCUACGCUAUGAUCACAUGCAAGUACACGUUCGACCUGCAGCCCGACGACAUCUACGCUUGUGUGGCCGACGCCGGUUGGAUCACUGGCCAUAGCUACAUCAUCUACGGCCCGUUAGCGAAUGGAGUCACCACGCUCAUGUUCGAGAGCACGCCGAUGUACCCGGACCACGGUCGCUACUGGGACUUGAUCCAACGCUACAAGGUGACCAAGUUCUACACGGCCCCGACUGCUAUCCGUGCCCUGAUGGCUCGUGGCAACGAUAAGAUCAAGGACUACGACUUGUCCAGCUUGAAGAUCCUGGGCAGUGUCGGCGAACCCAUCAACCCUGAGGCCUGGAAAUGGUACUACGAAGUGGUAGGCAACCGCCAGUGCUACAUCGCUGAUACGUACUGGCAGACGGAGACCGGCGGACACAUUGGCGUGGGUCUGCCUGGUGCUACUCCGAUGAAGCCUGGUUCCUGCACCAAGCCAUUCUUCGGCAUCGAUUUCGUGGUCACUGAUGAGAACGGCAAUGAGAUCAAGGGCAACGACGUCGAAGGACAGCUGUGCAUCCGUAAGCCGUGGCCUGGCAUGGCCCGUACUGUGUACGGCAACCACAAUCGUUAUCUGCUGACGUACAUGGCGACGCACAAGGGUCUGUACUUCACUGGUGACGGCUGUCGUCGCGAUAAGGACGGCUACUACUUCAUCACGGGUCGUAUUGACGAUGUUCUCUGCACUUCUGGUCACCGUAUUGGCACGGCUGAAGUUGAGAACACUCUGGUGGCUCACAGUGUCGUAGCAGAGGCGGCUGUGAUCGGUAUUCCUCACCGUAUCAAGGGCGAGGGUAUCUGCUGCUUCGUAAUGCUUGUCGAGGGUGUUGAGCCGUCCAAGGAAGUCGAAAAGGAACUGGUGCAGCAGGUGCGUGCCCACAUCGGCGCCUUCGCCUCACCAGAUCUGAUCGUGCUGGUGCCGGGCCUACCGAAGACGCGCAGUGGCAAGAUCAUGCGUCGCGUCCUGCGUAAGAUCUCGCACGGCGAGGAAGACUCGCUGGGCGAUGUGUCCACACUCGCAGAUCCUUCCGUAGUGCCAGUUCUGAUCACCAACACGAAGGCGGCGCUCGUCGGCACGUCGUUUUAA